UAUUUGAGUAGUAAUUGUUAUCUGGUUGUACAUCUAGUGGAUUUUCAAAGUACAGUUUUGAACAGUGAUGUCUUCAUUAAAACAAAUCCAUCGUUACUCGUGGUGUAUUGCUCAAUUUUACAAAAAUAACCGAAAUAGGCCUAUAGCAAAUUAUCGUAGAAUAUCUUCAACUUGUCAUGAUACCUAUGAUGUUAUUGUUGUUGGGGGCGGUCAUGCAGGAACAGAAGCUUGUUCUGCUGCUGCUAGAAUGGGCUCAAAAACCCUUCUUAUCACACAUAAAUUGGAAACAAUAGGUGAAAUGUCUUGUAACCCAGCGUUUGGUGGCAUUGGCAAGGGUCAUCUCAUGAGAGAAAUUGAUGCUUUAGAUGGAGUCUGUUGCCGUAUUUGUGACAAAUCUGGAAUCCAGUACAAGGUGCUGAACACUCGUAAGGGACCCGCUGUUUGGGGCCCGAGGGCGCAGAUUGACAGACAACUAUACAAGCAGAACAUACAGGAUGAACUGUUUAACAAAACACCCAACCUGGAGGUGAUGGUGGCUUCAGUGGAGGAUCUGCUUAUGGAGCAGCCUAAAGACCCAUUGCAUGAUUGUGUACUACAGCAGUGUGUCGGCGUAGUUCUAAACAACGGACAGACGGUGAGGUCACGUUCUGUGAUCUUAACAACAGGAACAUUCUUGAAGGGCCAGAUUAACAUCGGACUGGACGUGCGGCCUGCUGGCAGGAUUGGAGAUGAGCCCGCUAUUGGGCUAGCUGACACUCUGGAAAGGCUCGGCUUCCGCAUGGGCCGACUCAAGACUGGUACACCUCCACGGCUGGAUGGACGAACCAUAGAUUACAGCAAGUGUGUACCCCAGUGUGGCGACGACCCGCCCGUGCCCUUCUCCUUCAUGAAUGAUCAAGUUUGGAUCAAGGCUGAAGACCAGAAGCUGUGUUACUUGACAGAAACGUCUCGCCAUGUUGAGAAGUUGGUGAAGGAUAAUCUGCACAACAACCGGCACGUUACUGAAGGCAUCACCGGCCCUCGGUACUGUCCAAGCAUCGAGUCCAAGGCUCUCAGAUUUGGAGGCCGAUCACACCAGAUAUGGCUAGAGCCUGAGGGGCUCACCACAGAUGUGGUUUACCCCAACGGUCUCUCCUGCACCUUGCCUGCCGAAAUUCAGGUGGAGUUGGUGCGGAGCAUCCGAGGUCUGGAACAUGCUGAGAUCCUUAGACCAGGGUAUGGUGUGGAAUAUGACUUUGUGGAUCCUCGUGAACUGUUCCCCACCCUGGAAACCAAGAAGGUUUCUGGACUGUUCUUCGCAGGUCAGAUCAACGGGACCACUGGCUACGAAGAGGCUGCAGCUCAGGGAAUAUUGGCAGGCAUCAACGCUGCAGCUAAGGUGAAGGGGAGUGAUAAACUUACGAUAGAUCGCACGGAAGGCUACAUUGGCGUGUUGGUGGAUGAUCUGACAACACAAGGUACCAAUGAACCUUACCGUAUGUUCACGAGUCGUGCAGAGUUCAGAUUGACACUUCGUCCGGACAACGCUGAUCUGAGACUUACAGAGAAAGGCUAUAAGGCAGGGUGUGUGUCGGAGACGAGGAUGACCAGGUACAGGAAAGUACAAGCCGAUCUGUCCGAAGCCCUCGCUCUGUGUCAGCAAGUGUCCAUGCCCAUCUCUAGUUGGAGACAACUUCUUCAUCUGCCGAGUACCAGCCAUGCCAGUGUUAUGAAAAAUGCUUUGGAGAUGUUGGCCUGUGUGAACGACAAGGUGGAGCCACAUAUGCUGCCUGAACAUCUGCCUGACCUCUUCCAUGCCUUGACGGAUAAGCACCACAUCUAUCCCAGACUUAAGGUGGAGGCCCUGUACCAGUCUGCGGUACAAAGUCAACAGCUGGAAGUAGAUGCUGUACGCAGAGACCAGGCACUUGUCAUCCCACCGAACAUUGACUACAACUCGAACAAACUGUCCCUAUCUUUUGAAGACCGAGAGAAGCUUCUGGCUGUUCUGCCGCAAACAAUAGCAGCAGCCAGCAGAGUUCCAGGAAUCAGCCCCUCUACGAUACUGCGACUUCUGUACCACAUCAAGAAAGAAGCUCUGGUAGUACCCAGCUGAUAGUGUGCACACUAUUGGAGAGCUUGGUGGAAAAAUUCACUGUUAUUGCUACUAAAUUAUACUCUAGCAUUCUCACGGCAAGGGAGGGUUUCAUAUAAUGAUCCUAGAACUGGCCAUUUUUUUCCUGUGCUGUCAGGCCUAUUUUGGCUGAUAUACAAAGAUUUCUUAUACUGUUUUGAGGCAUGUUUGUUUUACUAUGUCUUGUUACAUAGGGAAUUUUCCUUAUGAAAAAAUUGAAAAUUUGUUUAUGUUUCGGAAAGAAAUGAAUUUGCCUCACAAAUAGAAAAAAUAACAAUAACUACCAUAGUUAUAGAAGACAUAAAACAGUCUGUAACGAAAAAGUUGAAAAUUUACCCUUUCCAUUGUUUUAACAUCAAGGGCACCUAGACUACAAAAGAGAUCUGUCCAUCCAGUGAAAUUCAGAUGAACAAUUGUUCUCAUUGUCUUAUCAAGUGCACAAUUUAGUGCACUAUGGUGUUUUAGACUGGAUCCCAAAGCACAACCUCAUUGUAGUCUGGAUGUCUCUAAUGUUGAAACGAUGCAAAGAGUUUGUUGAUGAGUUUUGUUGCUGACUUUUUU